UCUCUCGUGCAGCUGAUUCCGUUGCAAACGUUGCAAAUACCUUCACAGAAAUCAGUCGAUUCUCCGUUUGUUUUUAAAGACCUUUUAAAUUAAAUUUACGUUUUUAGUAAAAAACUGCUGAUUUGCUCCAUUAGUUAAGAAUGGAUCUUGACGUCCAAGUGGUCAAAAAGACCAAACGGCACACACGAGAGGAACUGGAAGCCUUCUCCCAACAGGACCUUGUGGACCGAAUCGUUCAACUAGAGUCCCAGAACUUCCAGCUUAAGAACAUUAUCCAGAAGGUGACCGGAAUCAAAACUGAUGACCCCAGACCUGACAAUAAAAAGCAACGGAAGUUUGAUUUCAAGAGUUGUCACAAACGCCACAUCCUCCUGAGGUUCUACUAUCUGGGAUGGGAUUAUCAAGGCUAUGCUUCCCAGGAAGAUUCGGCGCGGACAAUUGAACAUCAACUUUUCAACGCCCUGACGCGCGUGUGUCUGAUUGAGAGCCGUGAGACCUCUAAUUACCAUCGAUGUGGCCGAACGGACAAGGGAGUCAGUGCAUUCCAUCAGGUGGUCAGUUUGGAUGUCCGUUCCAAGUUUGCCCCCGAGAACCAGCUAGAGCCGGAAUCGAUUGCCAAUGAAAUCAACUACUGCCAACUGUUGAAUCGUGUUCUACCGCAGGACAUUCGCUGUGUAGCCUGGAUGCCAAUGGUGAAUCCGAACUACAGCGCCAGAUUUGACUGCCGGUCGAGGACGUAUCGCUAUUUCUUCCCGCGAGGUGGUCUGAAUAUCGAAGCUAUGAAAGAAGCGUGCGGCUAUCUAGUUGGAGGGCACGAUUUCCGUAACCUCUGUAAAAUGGAUGUGGGAAAUGGAGUUGUGACGUUUACUAGGAGGAUAUCCUACGUUUCUAUCGAGAACUCGCAAAAGGAUUCCAAGGAGUCUCCGUACGAUAUGUUGUAUCUCGUAUUACGCGGGAAAGCGUUUCUGUGGCACCAGGUUCGGUGCAUUAUGGCUAUUCUGUUCUUGGUUGGAGAGGGCAGAGAAGAGCCAACGGUGGUAAAAGAGCUCCUGGAUGUGGAAAAGAAUCCUUGCAAACCACAGUACAGCUUGGCCAGUGAUUUACCGUUGAAUCUGUACGAGUGCGAUUAUCGAAACAAAGGUGUAUUUGACCCAGCGGUUUUCGACAAAAACGCUCCAGUGCUGGAGGACGACGAAGAAACGGAAGUUGAUUCGGACCUUCGAGAAUGGGUGUACGAGGAGGAAAGUCUAACACGGACGAUUUCGGAAUUGCAGGGUCUGUGGGCUUGCAAUAGUAUAAAAUCUACCAUGUGUCGUGAAAUGCUCAAAAGCUUACAGGACAUCUUUGAUCAACAAUUUCCUGAGGCUGCCAAACCAACAACUCAACAAUCGGGUCUUAUGCAAGGCGUACAAUCACGGGACUACAAGCCUUUGAUGGGUCGCAAAAAAUGUGAGAGUCUGGAAAGUCGUAUCGAUCAUUACUCGAAAAAGCGUCGGAUCCAGGUCAGCUCUAAAGACGCAGCGACGACAGAUGCACCGAAGAGCGAAGCAGAGCAGUAGAUAGCCCGGUUAACGUACUCGCGUAUGCCAGUUGGCCAGCGACUGACUGAGUGACGGAGAUAAACUGUGAACUGAAUUCACAAUGAAGGUAAGGGUGUCAUCAAUAUUCCAUACAGGUGUAUUCAGAGUACACCAUUAAAAUGUAAAGUGCGUGUUAAUGCAGUUUUUGGCGUUGAAAAUGAAUGAGUGAAAUCUGAUUUUUAUUAUCAUUGCAUUGUUGUUACCUUAAUAAAGUUUUGUACAAACGCUGCAUAGAAA